GUUACUUUUAUUGGAAUAUUGCAUGGGCUGACAUUUUAUUUAACUUUGCUAUCAAUAAAAUGUUAGAAUAUCACUCUGGAGGUAACACAUAUCAAUAUGUGGUAUCAAAAUUAAGUCCAAAACCUUUCGGCGGGCCUCCUCCGUCAUGGUUCAAAGGUGUCGGGCAUGGUGAUGAAUUACUUUAUUUUUUCAACAUUACACAGUUUCUGUCACUGGACGAAGACGUGGUACUGAAUGAUGAAGAUAAGGAUUUUGAAAAGAAAAUGAUAAGCAAUUGGACAUCUUUUGCUAAGACUGGAGUGCCAUACGGUGGUGAUAGGUCGGUACCAUGGAAACCAUACAAUAUUGAAGAAAAAUAUUAUCUGAAUUUAGACGAUGACAUGGCACUAAAAAGUAACUACAAACCUGAAAUAUUGGACCCUUGGUAAAACCAACUACCAUCUACUGAUUUGGAAUCAGCGACUCCAGACAACGGUCAACGUGAUGAAUUAUGAUUAUUUUAGUUUCAAUGAUAUUUAUCU